AUAUGUACUGAGCUCUCUGAAAUCUUCUAUACGAAAGAUUUUCCAGUGGCUCUUUCUUUUUGACUGGCAGAAUUCGUGCAAGUUUUCUCAUAUCCAGUCUACGUAUUUACUUUUUGCAAGCUACCUUUCUUCAACGUUCAACAUGCCUACCGAAAUUCAACAACCAACGAUUGCGGUAAAGUUUGUCUGUGCCGGAACUGCUGCCUGUAUGGCUGACAUGAUCACGUUCCCGUUGGACACUGCUAAAGUUCGAUUGCAGAUUCAAGGUGAAGGGAAUAAGAAAAAAUCCGCAUCUGUCAUCACCAAAAGUCUUAGUAAGCCAGUAACCGAAGUGCGUUACAAGGGUGUGUUUGGUACCAUCUCUACCAUCGCCCGUGUUGAGGGACCACGUGCUCUGUACAAUGGCGUCAGUGCUGGUCUGCAACGUCAAAUGUGCUUUGCCUCUAUUCGUCUUGGCCUUUACGACUCCGUCAGAGGGUUCUAUCAAAACACCAUUUCCUCAGAUCUUCCAGCGUUUAAUGUGGUGACCCGUAUUCUUGCUGGCAUGACAACUGGGGCUACCGCCAUCUUGUUUGCCCAGCCGACCGACGUUGUUAAAGUUCGUCUCCAAGCUCAGAACAAAGCUGGCGGAGCAAAAAGAUAUUCUGGAGCGUUCGAUGCCUACAAGAAGAUUGUAAAAGCGGAUGGUGUUAGAGGAUUGUGGCGAGGUACCCUUCCUAACAUCGCUCGAAAUGCAGUGAUCAACUCUGCUGAGUUGGUGGUAUACGACCUCACUAAAGAAACUAUUAUUAAACGUCGAAUCCUACCAGAUAGUUUGCCCUGUCAUUUCGCCUCUGCCAUCUUUGCUGGGUUUGUAGCCACAUGUGUCGCCUCACCAAUAGACGUCGUCAAGACCAGGUUCAUGAAUUCAAACCCAGGCCUGUACUCUGGAGCUAUUGACUGUGCUGCUAAGAUGUUCAAAGAAGGCGGGAUAAAGUCAUUUUAUAAAGGGUUCAUUCCUUCAUUCAUGCGACUUGGAUCAUGGAACGUCUUCAUGUUCAUCUUCUACGAGCAACUGAAGAAGAGAGUUAUGGAACAUAAAAAACAACGACGAAUCCAACAUCAGGGGACGCAAGUCGCUUGAACUUUCCAUCAGACGUGGCAACCGCUACGACAGCAGAACGCUAUUCUCGGAGGCUGAGAAGUGGAACACCGUCCGACAGUAUUGACCUUUACGUCGUGAUCUCUUCAGACCUACUUGUUUAUUCAAGAAAUUUGGUUUGGUGCACGGAUGAAAGGAGGUUAGAAAGCUGCACGUGACAAACGUUACCAUCAUGGACCAUAAAGGUGGUUCUGCCUAUGGAGUUGGAGUUAACAUACAAAAGAACAAACAAACACCACAUGACUCCGCCAUCUUGAUUUCGAGCCUGGUACCGCAAACGUACUAGUACUUGAUAACGGCCUGAUAAUUUGAAGUCUGGCUUCGUAUAUUCAGUUACUACUCAAACUGAUGCAAUUUAUGAUAAACGUAAAAUUGUUGAACAAUUCACAACCUGAACGCAUUAUAUUUCACGUUUUACAAAGUUGCCCAGCUAAAAGGUCAUCUGCUGGAUGUUAUUUUUAUAAUGGACGGCCAUUGUUAUGUUCAUGUUUAUUUUAAGAAAUUGUUAUUUUGUUGUGUUUUUAGAUCCAGCGAUUUUCAGUCUCUGCUAUGACUACGUACAAGUAUUUACAUUUCGAAUUUUGCUUGUAUUGAUUUAUUUUCUGGCGUGUCCGGUGUUUCGAUGGGAGGGUGGUUAGAGAACAUGAUCAUGUAUGAAAGCAGAAACAUGAUCCUAUGACGUGAUUCCCAGCCGACUGUUGGUGAUUUCUGCAGACAACAAUGUGUCGGUAAAAGUACAUCUAAACAGCGUUUACGUAGUGUACUAUGCUCCCGGGGUUUCUAUGACAACUCUCACAGCAUGGCACCAAUUCUCUCAUCACCAUUCCAGACCGUGACAUCAGGCACAUUUUAAUAACAUGUCUAUCAUGUAUUCAAUAUCAAAUGUUAUUUACAAUAUUUUUAGCUGGGACUUACUUCUAAAAUAGUAAACAUCAAUACUUUAUAUAUUUAUUUAUGUAUUUAUUUAUUUAUUUAUAUUACGACAUCUUUGGAGUUUGUCUGAAAUUAUUGGAAUUUGUUUUACUUGAAAUUUCUAAAUUAAUGUCGCCCUCAUGCGGACAACAUGUUUUAUUUACAGUAGGAGUGUUUUAUAUUGUACUGAGAAAAAUGACGUCACAUUGUGUAAAUAUUUGUCUAUCAAAUUGAAAUGUUCUAUUUUGUACAUUCAUAAAUUAUUACAUGGCGGUGAAUAAAAUGUUACACCAGAGAAA